CGCGCGGCCGGGAGACGGGGCCGGGCUGCAUGGCCUCGCCCGCGCCGCGCCGCUAAGCCCGCGGAGCCGCCCCGCAGAGCGCCCGGGUCCCUCAGCAGUGCUCGGGCCACGCCAUUUUGGGAUUUUAUCCAGUUGUCAUCAGCCUCGACGUUCAGCUAUGGAAUCGACGGGUGAGGACGAUGCGGUGGCCGAGUGAAUGAAGAGCGAGUGAGGAACAGAACAAUGCCCAAGGGUGGGUGUUCUAGAACGUCACAACAAGAAGAGUGUCCCCUCAGCAACGACAUGGUGGAAAAGCAGACAGGGAGAAAGGAUAAAGAGAAAGUUUCCCUGACCAAGACCCCAAAGCUGGAUCGCAGUGAUGGCGGAAAGGAAGUGAGAGAGCGCACAACCAAGCGGAAGCUGCCCUUCACAGUGGGCGCCAAUGGGGAGCAGAAGGACUCAGACACAGAGAAACAAGGCCCUGAGAGGAAACGGGUCAAGAAGGAGCCUGCCACCCGCAAGGCGGGGCUGCUCUUCGGCAUGGGGCUGUCUGGGAUCCGCGCUGGCUAUCCCCUCUCAGAGCGUCAGCAGGUGGCACUGCUCAUGCAGAUGACGGCUGAGGAGUCGGCCAAUAGCCCAGUUGACACGACACCAAAGCACCCCUCCCAGGCAACAGUGUGUCAGAAAGGGACCCCCAACUCUGCCUCAAAAACCAAAGAUAAAGUAAACAAGAGAAAUGAACGAGGAGAAACACGUCUACACCGAGCUGCCAUCCGCGGUGAUGCACGGCGCAUCAAGGAGCUUAUCAGUGAAGGUGCCGAUGUCAACGUCAAGGACUUCGCUGGCUGGACAGCCCUGCAUGAGGCGUGUAACCGAGGCUACUACGAUGUGGCGAAGCAGCUACUGGCAGCAGGCGCCGAGGUGAACACCAAAGGGCUGGAUGACGACACGCCACUGCAUGAUGCCGCCAACAAUGGCCACUACAAGGUGGUGAAGCUGUUGCUGCGCUAUGGCGGGAACCCUCAGCAGAGCAACCGAAAGGGUGAGACUCCCCUGAAGGUGGCCAGCUCCCCAACAAUGGUGAACCUGCUGCUGGGCAAAGGCACCUACACGUCCAGCGAGGAGAGCUCUACGGAGAGCUCCGAGGAGGACGAUGCCCCAUCCUUUGCACCGUCCAGCUCGGUGGAUGGCAACAACACGGACUCUGAGUUCGAGAAAGGCCUAAAGCACAAGGGCAAGAACCCAGAGCCCCAGAAAGCCACAGCCCCCGUUAAAGACGAGUAUGAGUUUGACGAGGAUGAUGAGCAGGAUCGGGUCCCCCCGGUGGACGACAAGCACUUACUGAAAAAGGACUACAGGAAAGAAACAAAGCCCAAUAGUUUCAUUUCCAUACCCAAAAUGGAAGUGAAAAGUUACAGCAAGAACAGCACCAUUGCACCAAAGAAAGCUGCUCAUCGCAUCCUCUCAGACACAUCCGAUGAGGAGGAGGCCAGCGUCGCCAUCGGGGCUGGGGAGAAGCUCAGGCUCUCAGCACACUCGAUUCUGCCCAGUAAUAAGGCCCGGGAGCCAUCAAACGCCAAGCCUCAGAAGGAGAAAAACAAGGUGAAGAAGAAGCGAAAGAAAGAAACGAAAAGUAAAGAAGUUCGGUUUGGGAAGAGAAAUGACAAAUUCUGUUCCUCUGAGUCUGAGAGCGAGUCCUCUGACUCCGGUGAUGACGAUGACGGAGACUCGGUGGGCAGCUCCGGUUGCCUCAAGGGUUCCCCACUAGUACUGAAGGACCCAUCCCUGUUCAGUUCACUCUCCGCCUCCUCCACAUCCUCGCACGGGAGCUCUGCACAGAAGCAUCACCCAGGCCACUCGGAGCCACAUGCCAAACACUGGCGCACUGACAACUGGAAAGCUGUCUCUUCCCCAGCCUGGUCGGAGGUCAGCUCCCUCUCUGACUCCACCCGCACCCGGCUGACCAGCGAGUCAGACUCUUCCUCUGAUGGCUCCAGUGUGGAGUCACUGAAGCCCGUGAGAAAGAAGCAGGAGCACCGGAAGAGGCCCAGCCUGCAGGGUGUCCUCGCUGAGAAGCGAGGCACUGUGCACACCAGCACUGAUGGCGCCAUCCCCAAGCUGGACAAGGAAGGAAAGAUAGUGAAGAAACACAAGAUGAAACAUAAACGUAAAAGCAGAGAGAAAGGGCUGAGUUCAGCCAGUCAGGAGCUUCGGCUGCGGGGCCUGACCUAUGAGCAUGAGGACUCACGGCCUCGGUCAGACAAGGGUCUGCUCUUGGACACUGGCAGCUCCACUGAGAGUAAGCUCCGAGCAUCCAAGCAUGAGCGCGACCACUUCAAGAAGGAAGAAAAACUUAGCAAAUUGAAGCCAGAAGAGAAAGAGUGGUUCUUUAAAGACGAGAUGCUGAAGGUCUCCAAAGACGAGAAGUCUCUCAAGAGAAUCAGAGACCUGAGCCGGUCCUUCCGUGAAGACAAAGACCGGCCCAGCAAAGCGGAGAAGGAGAAAGCAGUGAAGGAGAAGUCACCCCGGGAGGAGAAACUCCGUCUAUACAAGGAGGAACGGAAGAAAAAGUCCAAAGAUAGACCCUCCAAGUUAGAGAAGAAUUCCAAGUUAGACUUUAAAGAGAAGGAGAAAGCAUUCAAGGAAGACAAAGACAAACUCAAGAAGGAGAAAGCCUACCGGGAAGACUCUGCAUUUGAGGAGUUCUGCAACAAAACUCCCUUCUUGGAGAGCGAAGACACCAAGUUUAGCCUCUCCGACGACCAGCAGGAACGCUGGUUCUCUGACCUGUCUGACUCCUCCUUCGACUUUAAGGGGGAAGACAGUUGGGACUCACCCGUGACAGACUACCGGGACAUGAAGAGCGAGUCCGUAGCCAGGCUGAUCCUGGAGACAGUGAAGGAAGGCAGCAAGGAAAAGCGGCGGGAGGCGCGGGCUCGUGACCGGCGGGAUCCUGGGGAACGACGGCCUGACCGGGAUGGGCUGCUCCGGAGGAAGGAACGUGACUACCUAGACAGGAGCUGUGAAAAGAGGAGGGAACUGGCCGAUAAGCACAAGAGCAGCGUCCCCAGCUACCUCUCUGAGAAAGACCGCAAGAGGAGGGAGUGCACUGAGGGUGGGCGUGAGGCCUGCAGGGAUAGGAAGGAGCUGCCCGAGGGCUCCAGGGAGCGCAAGGACAGCCGGGCCAAGGCUGAGGAGGACCCCAAGGAGCUGGGUGCCCCUGACAGCAACAUCAAGGACCGGCCUGACUGUGACUUUGGCAAGAACCUGGAACCCUGGGAGAGACAUCAUUCUGCCAGAGAGAAAGAAAAGAAAGAGAAGAGCAAAUUGGAAAAGUACAAAGACAAGUCCAGUGACAAAGAAAAAAGCGAGAAAGUCAUCCUUGAAAAAUGUCCAAAGGACAAAGAGUUUGACAAAUGUUUUAAAGAGAAAAAAGACACCAAGGAGAAGCAUAAAGACACUCAUAGCAAAGACAAAGAGAGAAAAGCGUCUCUGGACCAAGUGAAAGAGAAGAAGGAAAAGGCAUUUCCAGGAGCUCUCUCCGAUGACUUCUCCGAGAAGAAGGAUGAGAAGAAAGGAAAAGAGAAAAGCUGGUACAUCGCUGAUAUCUUCACCGACGAGAGUGAGGAUGAUAGAGAUGAGUACCUGGGCACCAGCGAGGGGCCUGAGCGGGAGGACGCACGGGAGUCAGGCCCCACCGACAGGCACCGCAAGGGCUCUGCUGAUCGGCAGCAUGCAGACAGGCAGAAGGAGAAAGAGCUCCGAGAGAAGAGGAAGGACAAGGGUGCUGCUGAGACUGGUAAGGACCGGAAGGAGAAAGUCUUUGAGAAGCACAAAGACAAGAAGGAUCGGGAAUGCUUGGACAAGUACAAGGACCGCAGAGAGCGUGCCUCCACAGACUGUGCAUCCGAGAAGAGGAACCGGCAAAAGGCCACUGACAAGGGGGACAGGAAGGUUGGGACUGAGGAUAAGGCCAAGAGCCGGCAUCGGGAGCGGCCUGACCGGGAGCACUGCCGCGGGGAGCGCAGAGUGCCCCGGGGCAGCGAGCCUGAGCGCAGCCUGCUGGAAAAGCUGGAGGUGGCGGCACUACAUGAGUACCGCGAGGACCCCAAUGACAAGGCAAGUGAGCUCUCCUCUGACAGCUUCCUGGACCGUGGGCAGGACCCAGCACUUAGCGCCCUCUUGGAUGUGGCCUUCCCAGAGCCACCCGAGGAAAAGGCCAAGGAGAAAGAGCGGCUACGUCACUCCUCCUCCUCCUCCAAGAAGAGUCACGACCGUGAAAGGGCCAAAAAGGAGAAGGGUGAGAAGCGGGACCGGACCGAGGACUGCAAAGAGCUCGGCAGCCGCAAGGACCCUGGUCAGUACGAGAAGGACUUCCUGGAGGCAGAAGCAUUUGGCCUGACCUAUGGCACCAAGGCUGACAUCGACGACGAGUUGGAGAAAACCCUCGAGCUGUUCUCCGCUGACAAGAAAGAAAAAAGCGAGGCCGAGAGAGACACCUCCAAGAAGAUAGAGAAGGAGCUAAAGCCUUUCGGGUCCAGUGCCAUUAGUCUCCUGAAAGAGAAGAAGCGGCGUGAGCGACACCGUGAGAAGUGGAGGGACGAAAAGGACCGGCACCGAGAUCGGCAUGGGGACGGGCUCCCACGGCACCACAAGGAUGAGCCCAAACUCACGGCCAGGGACAAAGAUGGCCCUACAGGUGCCUUUAGAGCCCGGGACGAGGGCAUGCGGGUAGGUGACAGCAGGCUAAAGGAGAGGCCCCGAGAGAACCCUGACAAGGAGAAGGGGGAUGUGUCUAAGCUGAGCAACGGCAGCGAUCGACUGCCGCUAUGCCGGGAGCCAAGCAGGAAGGAUGCGCGGCCCCGGGAGAAGCUGCUGGGUGACGGCGACCUGAUGAUGACCAGCUUCGAGCGCAUGCUGUCCCAAAAGGACCUGGAGAUUGAGGAACGGCACAAGCGGCACAAGGAGCGCAUGAAGCAGAUGGAGAAGAUGCGACACCGAUCCGGUGACCCCAAGCUCAAGGAGCGCGCCAAGCCAGCUGAUGACACACGCAGGAAGAGCUUGGACGUCCCUGCCAAGAAACCGCCACCGGGGCCUGACCCCGCAGCACCCAAAGACAGGAAACCCAAGGAGCCAGGGCCCCCUGCCACCGAUUCCAGGCCUCAGCCCAGCCCCACUCUCACUGCAGACACUAGGGACUGGCCGUCAGGGCCGCAUGGGAAGGAGGCGCUGCCCGCCUCGCCCAGGCCUGACCAGAGCCGGCCCACGGGGGUCCCCACCCCAGCCUCGGUGCUGUCCUGCCCCAGCUAUGAGGAGGCUAUGCACACGCCACGGACCCCAUCCUGCAGCACGGACGAUUACCCCGACCUCCUGUUCGACUGCACGGACCCCCCACCCGCCUCUAGCACGUCCGCCAGCACUGGCUCCCCCUCUUUCCUUGAAAGGUUCUCCGUGGCCGCCAGCAGCAUCACGGAGACCCCUAGCCAGACCCCCACUAGGCCCCUGUGCACAACUCUGUAUCGCUCGUCCUCUGUGGACAUCCGCAGGACCCCUGAGGAGGAAUUCAGUGUUGGGGAUAAGCUGUUCCGGCAGCAAAGUGUGCCUGUCGUGGCCAGCUACGAUUCGACUUGUCAGCCUGCUGAGGACAAGGCCCCUGUGCCCCCAGGCCCCACGGACAAGUUCUCCUGCCUGUCCCCAGGUUACUACUCCUCUGACUACGGCACCCCCUCUCCCAAAGCAGACGCUCUGCACUGCCCACCCACCGCCGUGGCCACACUCACCCCCUCUCCAGAGGGCACUUAUGCCACCCUGCAAGUUAAGUCCCCCCCUCCUCACAGAGAUACACUCUCAGCCCCUUCCAUGGAGGGGGCCCUCCCCUCUGACCUGGGCAUUCCCCCGGACACCACGGAGGACCAGCAGGCCACAGCGGCCAUCAUCCCCCCCGAGCCCAGCUACCUGGAGCCCUUGGACGAGGGCCCCUUCACAACGGUCAUCACAGAGGAACCUGUGGAGUGGGCGCACCCAGCUGCCUCAGAGCAGGCACUGGCUUCCAGCAUGCUAGGGGACCCUGUGGAGAGCCCUAACCCCUGGCCUGUGGGGCCUGAGCUCCUGCUCAAGUCACCCCAGAGGUUCCCAGAGUCCCCAAAGUCUUUCUGUCCCCCUGAUUCCCUCCACCCUACUGCCUCGGGGUCCUUUGGUGCCCCAGAACCCCCGUACCCCACUUCCCCCAUUGCCUACCCUCUGGCACUCACCGAGCCAGGGCUUCAGGACAGCAAGGACAAGGUGGUGUCCUCAGGACCUGUGUGCUUGCCCCCUGCUGAGGAGCCCGAAGCCUUCCCCCCACCUUCCACCCUGGACUCCUUCUUCAGUAACUGUAAGGCGCUGCCAGAGACGCCCCCUGAGGGCCCCCCAGAAGCCACCUGUGUACAGACGACUGUGGCGCAGGUGGGGGCUUUGGGGCCUUUGGAGAAAAACUUUCUAGAAAACGGGCACAGCCUGGCUGCCCUUGGCCAGGUGGAGCCGGUUUCCUGGUCUGACGCCUUUGCCAACUCGGAGGAUGAUUUGGAUCUUGGGCCGUUUUCGCUGCCCGAGCUCCCUCUUCAGACUAAAGAUGUUUCUGAUGUUGAGUUGGACCCUGUAGAGGGGAGCCCCCUUGUGCCCCCAGAGAGUGUGCCUGCUGGGGGGCCCACCCUGGGGAGCACUGCGGAGGCCAACCCUGAGGACUCGCUACCCCCGCCUUCUGAGCAGGUGACCUCCCGGCUGAGCCCUGAGCCUGAGGCUCCCCAGGGGCCAACAGCGGACACAGAGCCUGAAGGCCCAGGGGAGGGGGUGACCGGGUGUGAAGGGAGGGCCUCAGAGGAAGCUGUCCUGGCUGAGCCCUGUCCCAUAGGGCCAGCUAAGGAGGCAGACGCUGAGGGUCACGAGGCUGCAGCUCUGUCCCACUGUACCUCAGAACCCUCUGAGGACCCAGCAGAGGGGACUCAGCCUCUCGGUGGGGCGAGACUAGAGGGCCCUCCCCAGAGCACCUCGCCCGAAGUAGCCGAGCCUGAACCCAAACCCGCAGCUGAAGCCCCAAAGGCCCCCCGAGUGGAGGACAUCCCCCCACGCAUGACGCGCACUCGGGCCCAAAUGCUGGCCAACCAGAGCAAGCAGAGCUCGCCCCCUUCUGAGAAGGAAGCUGCUGCCCCCCGGGCCAAGGGCCGCGGUCCCGAGGAAGAUGAGAGCCAAGCCCAGCACCCACGCAAGCGCCGCCUGCAACGCUCAGGACAGCCACUGCCACCACCGCUGCCCACAGGCACACGGCAGACGCGAGAGGUGAUCCAGCAGACGUUGGCAGCCAUCGUCGACGCCAUCAAGCUGGACGCCAUCGAGCCCUACCACAGCGACAGGGCCAACCCAUACUUCGAGUACCUGCAGAUCCGUAAGAAGAUCGAGGAGAAGCGCAAAAUCCUGUGCUACAUCUCCCCGCAGGCGCCUCAGUGCUACGCAGAGUACGUCACCUACACCGGCUCCUACCUCCUGGAUGGCAAGCCGCUCAGCAAGCUGCACAUCCCCGUGAUUGCACCUCCACCCUCCCUGGCUGAGCCACUGAAGGAACUGUUCAAGCAGCAGGAGGCCGUGCGUGGGAAGCUGCGGCUGCAACACAGCAUCGAGCGGGAAAAACUCAUCGUGUCAUGUGAACAGGAGAUUCUCCGAGUGCACUGCAGGGCAGCAAGGACCAUCGCCAACCAGGCGGUGCCCUUCAGCGCCUGCACCAUGCUGCUGGAUUCAGAGGUGUACAACAUGCCCCUGGAGACGCAGGGUGAUGAGAACAAGUCGGUGCGCGACCGCUUCAAUGCACGCCAGUUCAUCUCGUGGCUGCAGGACGUGGACGACAAGUACGACCGCAUGAAGACCUGCCUGCUCAUGCGGCAGCAGCACGAGGCCGCAGCUCUUAAUGCCGUGCAGAGAAUGGAGUGGCAGCUCAAGGUACAGGAGCUCGACCCUGCUGGGCACAAGUCUCUGUGUGUCAACGAGGUACCAUCCUUCUACGUGCCCAUGGUCGACGUCAACGACGACUUCGUGCUGCUGCCCGCCUGACACUGCGCCACCGUCAUCACAGGACACAGGCAAGGGCCACAUGCCCACUCGGCACUGCUGCUGCGGCUCCGGACCCCAGGCUGCGUGGAGAGCGGAGAGCAGGGGCUCAGUGACCCGAGGUCUGCUUCCAGCCAGCACAUCAGCGUCUCAGGAGCUGCAGGCGAGAACCUUCAUAUGACUCCCUGUUCCAUUCUGGUCCUCUGACGGAAAAGCCUGGGCUCCGGCCCUCGCAGCAGUGGCCUCCAGCGGGUUGGGGGGCAAGGAGUGCGCUGGGCCGCAGCCUCAGACCAGGGCUGGGCGUGGAGCCGCCCCGGGGAGCAGGGCCUGGCUGUGCCGCCCUGUCCCGCCACAGGACUGAGUCAGGCUCUCCAGUGGCGUUUUUAACGGAGUCAAAUCCACGUGGUUUGUAUAUUUUCCUUUAAUCUUGGGCAUUUUGUUUCUCUUUCUGAGAACAUAACUUGAAACACUACGGAGCCAAUAAUCAUAUAAAAAGUGUACCCGUAAGCGCUGUACAGUUUUAUACACAUUCACAAUGUACUUUUGCUGCCUUCUAGAUAAUUUAUUUUGCAACACAUUACUGCACAGUUGUAAAUAACUUAUGUACUGUAACAUCACUUCAGUUAUGUGUAAAAAUAAAUAAAUUAAUUACA